AUGUCCGCUACCCCACCAAACCAGACAGCUACUCCAUCGUUAGAAAAUGGGACCAAAGCUGCGGCUUCCGGUACUAGGCCUCUGGCGCCAAAAGCAAGUAGACAGAGAUUCAAGCCGCAGCUCUCUUGUACGUUUUGCAGGACCGGGAAACUCCGCUGUGAUAGAAAUCUCCCAUGCCAAAAUUGCAUCAAGAGGGACUUAUCUGCGUCGUGUACUUAUACCCAUGCCAACGCCCGUCGUGAUAGGGCGACGCCAACUCACAAAUCCAGUGCAACUGGCAAAUCCAAAGAUGUUCAAAGCCAGAUAUCUCAUCUCGAAGAGCUUGUCAUUACUUUAAUGAGCAAAACCAACCGCAAUGGCAAUGGCAAUGGCAAUAUCAAUAGCAAUGCUUCACUGGAAAACAGCACUCCACUUUUGCAAGAGAAACCUAGAGCUUUGGAGGACCAGUGGACGGAGGUUCAUGGCGUCAAGGAAGCCGAGAAAUUUUUCGGUAGGAUUAACAUGGAAGAUGACCAGCCAAACUAUGUUGGGAGCACUCAUUGGGCAGCUAUUCUCGACAAUGUCGGUCAUUCUCUCCCAAGUUUUAUCGCGUGCUUGAAGGAUCAAUUUGGAAACUUUGAGCCGUUUGUCGAGGAAGAGACACACCAGCAAAGCCCAGAGCCAAUUUCAAAGGGUCCUGACUUAUUAGUUGGCGGCUUGGCAAAGGCUACAAGAAGCGAGAUACUGGCGUCUCUGCCCUCGAGGUCAUUUGUCGACCAUCUAGUGCGGGAAUACUUCGAAAGUGCAGAUAUGGGAGCUGCAAUGUUCCAUGCACCAACAUUUAUGAAAGAGUAUGAAACUUUCUGGGCGAACCCUACCAACACACCUAUAAUGUGGAUUGGGUUGCUAUUUGCAAUAUUAUCCCUGACAGCUUACUUCCAGAUGAUGACUGAAAGUAGCUCCUUCGGUGACUUUCCCGAAAUGGCUCUAAGAAAUCCGGUUGAAGCUAUUGGUGUAUUCAGAGAAAAGACUGUCCAAUGCCUCAUACUCGGCAACUACACCGAGCCUGGCCCUCACACGGUAGAAACUCUCUUGCUUUAUUACAUCAUCGAGCACUUUCGGAGUCCCGAUACACAAUUCGGCGCUUGGCUAGUGUUUGGGCUCGUCAUUCGAGCCGCCAUGAGGUUGGGUCUUCAUCGCGAUGCUUCGCACUAUCCAGCGAUAUCUGUGUUCCGAGGAGAAAUGCAGCGCCGACUUUGGGCCAGCAUAAUCCACCUGGAUCUUCACAAUUCUUUGCAAGUUGGACUCCCCAGAAUGAUUAAAGACGGGAUGUAUGACACUAAAGCUCCCCAACCCCUUUCCGACGAUGACUUCAACGACAAUGCGAAGGUUCUGCCACCAACCAGACCAGAAGGCGAUUCUACCCCUAUGGCAUUUUCUAACACCAAAUACCAAAUAACGCAAAUUUUUGGGGAGAUUGUGGACCAAGCCAACUCAACAUACCAGAUUUCUUACGAUGCAGUCAUGAGACUAGACACAAUUUUGCACAAAACCCAUGAAGAGACACCCGACAUCCUCAAGAUCCGCAGUAUCGAAGACCUUGCGUUUGGAAGUCCGGACAAUAGAGUCCGGAAAUUCUCGAUUGACCUGACCUUCCAGAAAGCUCGAUGUAUUCUUCAUCGCAAAUUCUUUAUACUCUCAAAAGCGACGGGGACCUAUCCGUACCCAUAUUCCACGAAAACAUGCAUCGAAGCAUCUAUGCGAAUACUCGAGUGUCAAAUUUAUAUGGACGGUGAGACGGGACCUGGUAGAAUCUUGCAUAAGCAAAGAUGGAAAGCAUCGUCACUGGUCACGCACGACUUCCUCCUCGCAGCAAUGCUAAUAUGUCUUUACCUGGGACAAAGUAUUGGACUAGCGCAUGAGAACCAGAUUGACCACUCUGGAAUACGGUUGAAAUGGACCCGGGAGAACAUGCUACAAACAAUCAAUUCAUCGCACCAGAUAUUCGAAGCACUUAGUGGUACCUCUAAAGAGGCGCUAAAAGCUUCAAAAGUUUUGAAUAGCAUGCUCACUAAAGUUGGAGCAGCUGGUUUGGUACCUUCUGGUAAGGGGCCCACAGUCGAGUCUUCUCGCCCAGUGCUCAACAGCGUCUAUGUCACGUCAACACCGGGCUGGGGUGAAACCGGACAGACAUCCCAGAAUUAUCAACUGCCAGAACCCUCGGUGCCUUGGUCGAACACACCUUAUGCGAGCCAGGAUGGCCCUGUUGACAUGAGCACGAUCCACCAUUCUCCUGACAUCAACGAGAAUGCCCCUCCAACAACUGGAGAACUCAAUUGGGAACUGUGGGAUAACCAUUUCUAUAACAGCAGCGGCCUAGACCAAACACCACCUGACCUGUGGAAUCUCGAUUGGCAGAAUCUAUCAUACACGGAUCUUCCGGAUCCCUCCAAUGCACGUAUGCAAUAG